AAAAAAAUGAGCUUCCAUGAACAACAGAGAGUGAGAAUAAUCAACGCUAAAUUAUGGGUAACACGAAGCCCAUUACUGCAGCUCCGAUUCUAUCGGACCGGGUUCGGGUUAACGGAGUUGAAACUCCGGUGACGUUUACGGCGGAGGAAGGUAUACUCCGAUGGAGUGAAAAUCGCUUGUCGAUUGCGAAAGAGGUUCUCGGGAUUACCGUCGAAGAUUCGAAAAUUAAAAUUAGGGCUAUUAAGGAGAAGGACGAUGGUGGAAUUAUUUGCUGCGGUGGGAACACUAAAGGUACUGUGAGGAGGAGUUAUAAUUUGGAAAUGUUAACUGAGGAUUCUCUUCGAAUUUGGAGUCAAAAGCUUCAAGAGUUCAUUGAUUCACUUGGUCGGCCAAAGAGACUUUUUGUGUUUGUGAAUCCUUAUGGCGGAAAGAGAUCUGCAUCAAAGAUUUUUAUUGAUAGUGUAAAGCCACUACUUGACGAUGCAAAUAUCGACUAUACAGUGCAAGAAACUAAAUAUCAGCUACAUGCAAAGGAAGUUGCUAAAUCAUUGGAUAUUCUGAGAUAUGAUGGAGUUGUUUGUGUCAGCGGGGAUGGAAUUUUGGUUGAGGUAGUUAAUGGCCUUCUUGAGAGAGAGGAUUGGGAUUCUGCAAUAAAGAUGCCUCUUGGAGUAGUACCUGCAGGCACCGGAAAUGGCAUGGCAAAGUCUCUUCUAGAUGCUGUUGGUCUAUCUUGUACUGCGUCCAAUGCAACACUUGCUAUUAUUAGAGGACAGAAGCAAUCACUAGAUGUAGCUACUAUCUCACAGGGGCAGAACAGGUUUUUCAGUGUGCUGAUGCUCGCCUGGGGACUUAUAGCUGAUAUUGAUAUCGAGUCUGAGAAGUAUAGAUGGAUGGGCAGUGCUCGAAUAGAUUAUUAUGCAAUACAACGAAUAUUCCGCCUUAGGAGGUACAAUGGUUGUAUAAAAUUUCUGGCUGCACCAGGCUAUGAAACUUUUGGAGAACCAGCUGAUCCGAAAGGUGAAACUAUUAGUGAAGUCAAAUCGAGUUUAGUUCAGCACAAGGCAUAUUGUGGUCCUGCUUUGCAGAUGAAGGAUUUCAACCGUAAGAUUGAGGGGCCUUUUGUAUCAGUUUGGCUUCAUAAUGUACCUUGGGGAGGUGAAGAUGCUCUCGCGGCACCUGAUGCCAAGUUUUCAGAUGGUUACUUGGACUUGGUCGUGAUAAAGGACUGUCCAAAGUUAACGUUGCUAUCAUUGAUGACCGAGUUGAACAAAGGCAGCCAUGUAAAAUCACCACAUGUCUUGUACUUCAAGGUUAAAGCGUUUGUUCUGGAGCCUGGCACACAGUUAGAUGAUGGAUCAAAAGAAGGGAUUAUAGAUGUAGAUGGUGAGGUUCUUGCAAGAGGUAAAGGAACUUACAAGUCAAAUUACAAGACACUGAUGACAUAUGACAAACUCUAUAUAAAAGUAGAUCAAGGGUUGGCUACUGUUUUUUCUCCUAGUAUCAUUUCUUAAUAACAUUUUUUGGCUUGUAUUUUUCUCUUGAAGGAGAUUUUUUUUUGUUUGUGAUUAAACAAAGUCAUGUAUAUACUAUGAUAAUAAAAAGGGUAAAUAAAAGAAAGAAUAAAGAAGUAUCAGAACACUGUACAGCCUAUUCCCGACAUAAUUUUCUUCAUACUUAGGGCUCAAAUAUGAGACCUUUGCUUAAGGUUGAAAUAAUAUUACUAUUGCAUCACAAUCAUGAUGCUCUUAGAA